UGUAAGUAGUCAUUUUUCACACUUAUUCAUCCCUUAUAUUUCUUUCCUUUCAUUUUUUUUUUUCUUGAAAAAUGAAAAAAUCCAUAUCAAAUUGUUUUCUUCUUUCUAAUUGCCGUGAAGCAAGAGUUUCAACUUUCAGGGUUUAAACCUCGAGUUGGUUUUCUCAUUACCAAGAGUGCUUAAAUUCCGUACAAAAACAGGAGUGUUUUCAGGAGGUUUUGGAGGCCAUCGCUGCUGUAAUUCCUUCUCACAAAUGGCUUUAGUGGAGCUUAAAAGGGAGUCAUCACCGUCACCAUCUUCUUCUUCAACACGUCAGCCAAAAUACGAUGUAUUUCUUAGUUUUAGGGGUGAGGACACCCGUACUAAUUUUACUGACCAUCUGUAUGUUGCUUUGAAAGGAAAGGGGAUUAUUACUUUUAGGGAUGAAGAAGAACUCAAGAAAGGAGAACGUAUUUCUGAGCUCUUCAAAGCAAUUGAAGAAUCACAGUUUGCUAUUAUCAUUCUCUCAAGAAACUAUGCAUCUUCUACGUGGUGCUUGGAUGAGCUUGCCAAGAUUAUCAAAUGCGAGGAUGAAAUAGGACUGGAAGUUUUGCCAGUUUUUUACAAUGUGAGCCCAUCUAUUGUACGAAAACAAACAGAAACUUUUGAACAAGCCUUUAUUGAUUACCAGAAACGCUUUGAGGAUAACAUAGAAAAGGUGGAAACAUGGAGAGAUACUUUAAAAAAAGUGGCUGAUAUCAAAGGUUGGGAUCUGCAUCUACAAAAUAGGCUUGAGUCCGAAAUUAUCCAAGACAUUGUGAAACUAAUUAUGGAGAAAUUGAGUUCUAAAUCCUCAAGCAUUGAUAAAAAUUUGAUAGGAAUAAAAUCUAUGGUGGCAGAAUUGGUCCCACCGUAUUUAGGUUUUGGGAAUGAUAUUUACAUGAUGGGGAUUUGUGGUAUGGGGGGUCUAGGAAAAACAACUCUUGCUAAUGCUAUAUAUUACAAGUAUUCUGAUCACUUUGAAGGUUCUAGUUUUAUUGCCAAUGUUAGGGAAAGAUCAGAAAAAGGUGAACUGCAUGAAUUACAACAACAAUUGCUUGAUGAAAUUUUGGAGGGAAGUAAUACAAAGAUCUACAAUGUUCAAGUAGGAGUUGAAAAAAUCAAGAAGAGCAGGUUACGUCAUAAAAAAGUUCUACUUGUCCUAGAUGAUGUUAAUCACAAGGACCAAUUAGAAAAAUUGGCUGGAGAGCAUGAUUGGUUUGGAUUGGGUAGUUGGAUCAUCAUUACAACUAGAGAUAAACAUGUGUUGAUUGAUCAUGGAGUGCUUAAAAUAUAUAAGCCUAAUGGAUUAGAUAAUGAUGAUGCUUCAAAACUUUUUUGUUUGAAAGCCUUCAAAAAGGAGCAACCCAAAGAAGGUUAUAUGCAGCUCUCCCAGAAAGUUGUAGAAUAUGCUAGUGGCCUUCCAUUAGCUCUUGUUACUUUGGGUUCCUUUUUGGUUGGAAGAACAGUAAAAGAGUGGCAAUGUGCAUUGGGCAGUUUUAAAAAUAUUAAAGGAGAUAUACAUGAUAUACUUAAAAUAAGUUACAAUGGACUAGAGGAAAUGUGGAAGGAGAUCUUCUUAGAUAUUGCAUGUUUCUUUAGAGAAAGGUAUAAAGAUGAAGUAAUACAGAUAUUAGAGAAUUGUGGUUUUGAUGCAAGAAUUGGUAUAAGUGUUCUUGUGGAAAAAUCUCUCCUAACUGUGGAUGGCAAUGAAUAUUUGGGGAUGCAUGAUCUACUAGCAGAAAUGGGUCAAAAAAUUAUUCGUUUUGAAUCAGGUGGAAAGCUUGGAAAGCAAAGUCGGUUGUGGCUUGUUGAGGACUUGCUUCAUAUAUUGGAGAACGAUAUGGCAACAGAUUCAAUUCAAGCCAUAGUUGUCAAAGGCCGGAAAGAGGAUUUCAACCUUGAAGAAUUUUCUGAAGGGUUUUCAAAGAUGUCUAAUCUUAGAUUGCUGAUAAGUGAUAGAAUGAAUGCUCUUAAUGACCGAAGACAUCUUGCUCUUCCUAAUAACCUAAGAUAUCUUCGGUGGAAGUACUGUCCUUUUAAAUGUUUGGCAUCCAGUCACAAACGAAUGGCGUUUGUUCAACUUGACUUGCAGUACGGCAAAUUUGAUUAUCUUUGGGAAGGAGUAAUGCUUUCAGCCAAGUUAAAGUUCAUUGAUCUUAGUCAUUCCGAAAACCUUAUUAAGACACCUGACUUUUCAGGUGUUCCGAUACUAGAGGAACUAAACCUUUCUUACUGCUCUCGGUUGGUUGAGAUCCACCCAUCAAUUUUACACCUCAGCAGGCUUAGGUAUUUAAAUCUGCAACACUGCAAAUCUCUUAGGGAUCUUCCCAGCAUGUCUGUUGAAAUGCAGUCCCUUAAGCUUCUUAAUCUUUCUUAUUGCUCAAAAAUCGGUUCGUUUCCGAAAUUUACUGGAAUUAUGAAAAGCCUAUCGGAACUCAUUUUGCGUGGGACUGAUAUUAAGAAAGUAGCACCCUCAUCAAUCGAGUGUUUGACUGCCCUUACUUUAUUAGAUCUAAGUUUCUGCUUCAAUCUCGAAUGCCUUCCAAGCAACAUGGAUAAUUUGAGGUCUCUGGAAACACUCAAUCUUUCUUGGUGCGGUCAAUUGGUUGAGAUCCACCCAUCUAUUGGACAACUCAGCAAGCUUAGGUGUUUAGAUCUGCGAUACUGCGAGUCUCUUACCGAUCUUCCCAGCAUGUUUGCCGAAAUGCAGUCCCUUAUGGUUCUUGAUCUUGAUGGUUGCUCAAAAUUAAAUUCGUUUCCAAAAUUUACUGAAGUUAUGAAAAGCCUAUCGGAACUCUAUUUGGGUGGGACUGCCAUUAAGAAAGUAGCACCCUCAUCAUUCGACUGUUUGACUGCCCUUACUUUAUUAGAUCUAAGUGAGUGUGGAAAUCUCGAAUGUCUUCCAAGAAUGGAUAAUCUAAAGUCUCUUGAAGCACUAGAUCUUUCUGGAAGCUCAAAACUAAAAUCUUUGCAAAGGCUUCCAUCAACUGUAAGAUAUAAAAAUAUUGAAGGUUGUUCUUCCCUAAAACCAUCACCAGCACUGGUCAAAUUGAGUAUCUGGCCACAACCACUCUCCCAGUGGCUUCCGUAUGAUCAUGAGAGCGGGAGUCAAAUGGCAUCUACAAUAUUGUUAUAUUUCCUACAGGUACAGGGACUCCUUUGUUGUAAAACCGUUUAUGGAACUUCUUCCAAAGGGGAAGAGGAUGGAUCUAUAACUGAGUUUCUAAUAAUUAUGCCGUCAUGUUCAACUAAAAUAGUGGGGAAUUCAAUAAGCAUAGAGCUGCCUUCAAAUUGGUAUAAUAGUAAAUGGAUAGGAUUAGCUCUCUAUGCAUCACUAUCAGUACCAGAUGUAGGGUGGAAAGAUGGUAUUAGAGCUCAUGUGAUAGCUCAUAGUGAUAUGCCUCAAAAUCAAUGUGCCUCUGAACUUGUUACUACCACGAUGUGUUGUGGGGACAGUAUUUGCCUAUUGUAUUUGUCUCGUGAUGAUUGGUGUGCUAAAGUUGGGAAUGGUGAAUGCAGUCAGAUUAAGGUUAUAAUUGAGACCGAUAAAGGAACCAUUGAUGUGUGGGAAUGUGGGUUCAGUUUGAUAUACAAGCAAGAUGUGGACGAGUUCAACCAAAAAAAUGCACAAUGUUUGAUUGAGAGCUUUGGGAAAGGAUUCAUCUAUAAAUUAACUGUCAGUGAUGAUGAUGAUGUAAAUAUUGGUGGUAUAUACAACAGCAUAGAGACGGUGGAAACAUGGAGACCUACUUUAAGAGAGGUGGUUAGUACCUCCGGUUGGCAUCUGCAUCAACGAAAUAGACAUAAGUCAGAAUUUACCCAACAAAUUGUGGAAAAUAUUAUGGAGAAAUUGAGUCCAGAAUUCUCGGGCAUUACCAAAAACAUUUUAGGAAUAGAAUCUAUCAUGGCAGAAUUGAUCCCUUCGUAUUUAGAUGUAGGGAAUAAUGUUUACAUGAUAGGGAUUUUUGGUAUGGGGGGGCUGGGAAAGACAACUCUUGCUAGAGCUAUUUAUCAUAGGUAUUCUAAAUUCUUUGAAGGUUCUAGUUUUAUUCACAGCGUUAGGGAAAGAUCAGAACCCUCUUUGCUUGAAUUACAACAACAACUACUUGAAAACAUUUUGGGGGAAAGUCAUAAAAAGAUAUGGGAUGUUAAUGAAGGAGCUGACAUAAUCAAGAGAAGAUUAAGUCAGAAAAAAGUUCUAAUUGUCCUAGAUGAUGUUAGUCACAUGGACCAAUUAGAAAAAUUGGCUGGAGAGCAUGACUGGUUUGGAUUGGGUAGUUGGAUCAUCAUAACAACUAGAGAUGAACAUUUGUUGGUCUAUCAUGGAGUGCUUAAAAUAUAUAAGCCUAAUGGAUUAAAUAAUGAUGAUGCCUUAAAACUUUUUUGUUUGAAAGCUUUCAAAAAGGAGCAACCCAAAGAAAGUUAUAUGGAGCUCGCCAAGAAAUUUGUAAAAUAUGCUUGUGGCCUUCCAUUAAUUCUUGUUACUUUGGGUUCAUUUUUCAAUAGAAGAACAAUAGUUGAGUGGAUAAGUGUACUGAACAGUCUUCAAAAAGUUAGAGGAAAAUAUUUUGAUAUACUUAAAAUAAGUUAUGAUGGACUGGAGGAAAUGUGGAAGGAGAUAUUCUUAGAUAUUGCAUGUUUCUUUAGACAAUGGAAGAAAAAUCAAGUAAUACAUAUAUUAGAGAAUUGUGGUUUUAAUGCAAGAAUUGGUAUAAGUGUUCUCGUGAAAAAAUCUCUCCUUACCGUGGAUGACAAUGGAUAUUUGGGGAUGCAUGAUCUACUAGCAGAAAUGGGUCAAGAAAUUGUUCGUUUUGAAUCAGGUGGAGAGCUUGGAAAGCAAAGUCGGUUGUGGCAUUUUGAGGACUUGCUUUAUGUAUUGGAGAACGAUAUGGCAACAGAAGCAAUUCAAGCCAUAGUCGUUCAUUACAGGAAAGAGGAUUCCAACUUUGAAGAAUUUCCUGAAGUGUUAUCAAAGAUGUCUAAUCUUAGAUUGAUGAUAAUUGAUAAGACAGACUACUUGUAUGACCAAGGACAUCUUGUUGUUCCUAAUGACCAAAGACAACUUUUUGUUCCCAAUCAACUAAGGCAUCUUUCAUGGAAUUGCUGUCCUUUAAAAUGUUUGUCAUCCAGUUCCCAACCAAAGAAGCUUGUUCAACUUGACUUGCAAUGUAGCAGAAUUGAAUAUCUUUGGGAAGGAGUAAUGCUUUCAGCCAAGUUAAAGUUUAUUGAUCUUAGUGAUUCCCGAAACCUUAUUAGGACACCUGACUUUUCUGGUGUUCCGAUACUUGAGGAAAUAAAUCUUUCUGGAUGUGUUAGUUUGGUUAAGAUCCACCCAUCUAUUGGACAACUCAACAGGCUUAGGUAUUUAGAUCUGCGGUACUGUGAAUCUCUUACCGAUCUUCCCAGCAUGUCUGCUGAAAUGCAGUCCCUUGCGGUUCUUAAUCUUGAUGGUUGCUCAAAAUUAAAUUCGUUUCCGAAAUUUACUGGAACUAUGAAAAGCCUAUCGGAACUCUAUUUGGAUGAGACUGCUAUUAAGAAAGUAGCACCCUCAUUAAUUUGACUGUCUGACUGCCCUUACUGUAUUAGAUCUAAGUUUUUGCACAAAUCUCGAAUGUCUUCCAAGCAACAUGGAUAAUUUGAGGUCUCUUCAAAAACUCACUCUUUGCGGAUGCUCAAAACUAAAAUCGUUGCCAAGGUUUCCACCAACUGUAAGAUUUAUAAAUGCUGAAUAUUGUAAUUCCCUAAAAUGGACACUAGCACGGGUCAAAUUGAGUAGCUGGUCACAACCUCUCUCCCAAUGGUGUUCGUUUGAUGAGGUCGGCAGUCGAUUGGAAUUUACAAUAUUGUUCCAUUUCCUACAGGAACUCCUUUGUCGUAAAACUGUUUAUAAAAUUCCAUCAUGUUUAAUUCAUCAAAGUGAAGGAAAUUCAAUAAGCAUAGACUUGCCUUCAAAUUGGUAUAAUAGUAAAUGGAUAGGAUUCGCUCUCUGGGUAUCAGUAUCAGAUAUUAUAGCGAGGGAAUACGGUAUUAGAGCUCGUGUGAUAGCCCUUGGUGAUAUGCCUCUGAAUCGCUGUGCUUCUGAACUUUUUACUACCUGGAUACAUUGUGAGGUCAGAAUUUGCCUAUUGUAUUUGUCCCGUGAUGAGUGGUUUGCUGCUGUUGGGAAUGGUGAAUGCAGUCAGAUUAAGGUUAUAUUUGAAAACGAUAAAAGAACUAUUGAUGUGUGGGAAUGUGGGGUCAGUAUGAUAUACGAGCAAGAUGUGGACGAGUUCAACCAAACAAAUGCACAAUGUUUGAUUGAGAGCUUUGGGGAAGACGUAUCCAUCUAUAAAUUAACUGUUGGUGAUGAUGAUGAUGUAUAUACAGUUGGUGAUGAUGAUGAUGUAUAUACUGGUGAUGAUGAUGAUGAUUAUUAUUAUUAUUAUGAUGCAUACACAGUUAGUGAUGGUGAUGAUGAUGAUGAUUAUUAUGAUGCAUAUGCAGUUAGUGAUGAUAAUGAUUGACAUGAUGGCGAAAGAUGACACCUAGUGUGUGGGAUGAUUGGUGCAUGAAGGGCUUUAUACGGACAAGCCAAUGGGGCAGAGCUAUUCCUUCUGCAUAUGGGAGCUAUUCUUUCGCUUCAUCGUUCCUUCUGCUGGAAUGCUUUGCUUGGAAAUUACUUAUUUGUGCUACUAGCCUACUACAUGCCACAUGCAUUUGGAGCCACAGAAAAGUUUUCACUAAACGUGUUUCCUUACGCCUGAACUUAUCUAAACACUUGGGCUUCAAAUGAGUUGGGAGGUGGAAACCCACAAGCAGCUAAAAUGACUCUCAAGAUUGUAAUGGUUCUUGUAGUUGCAGAGAUGGUUAUCAUAGGCAUGAUUCUCUUCUUUUGCCGCAAUGUUUUGGGCUAUGCCUUCAGCAGAGAGAAGGAAGUUUUGGAUCAUGAUUUGUCUCUCUAUAAUCAUGGAUGGCUUACUAGCAGUACUUUCAGGGGAUUGCUAGAGGAAGUGGCAGGUAGCAUAUAGGAGCCUAUGUCAAUUUUGGGGCAUGUUAUCUGGUUGGGGUUCGAUUAAUCAUCGUUUUGGCCUUUAUUGUACACUGAAGAGGGAAAGGCCUGUAGAGUGGACUAUUGACAUUGUGCAUUGUACAAGCAUUUCUAUUUCUACUUGCUCUUAAAACAAGUUUCACAAAUUGGAAAAAAAAAUUCGUUAUUGCCAAGAAAAAAAAUCUCCCUCUCUUUAUAACUGGUUUUUCUCACACCAAAAACUACAAUUCAUGUUCAACUUGAUCAUAUAAUACGAAAAUUUGGAAUCUUAUAAUUU